GCUCCAUCACAACCAUUGAUCCCUGCGCUGACCUCAGAAUGGCUGCACCCAACAUCGCUGGCUCCAGAACUCCCCCACGUAGCUUCGAUCCACCAAGCCAAGGGCAUCUCACUUGCAGCUGCAUUGGGUCCGCAAACCACGCCCGAUCGAUCAACAACCGCGAAACGUCAUCUCUCACCAUCCAAUCCAGCACAAAAAGCUAUCUAUCCCCCCGCCAACCCAUCCCUCUCACCACACCCUCACGUCAGAAUCCCCCCCUAUCCUACGAACUCAAAACAGGAGACAAAAUUGAUCGCCAGUGCCCCGGCAAAGAACCAACCGAUGCAGAAGAAGCACGAGAGAAUGAUGAAAAUGGCAGUAUCCCGAAGCGCCUCAUGCGCCGCUGCGAGAUGGGCAGGAAGAAAGGUUACUAUGAACUGAACCCCGAGAGAGCAACGGAUCACCUCUAUGAUAUCAAGGUUGACUCGGCUGUCGGGAAAGAAGUCGCGGACAAGCAGUUCGGGCCGUUGAUGGCGCGCAUUCAUAAGACUGUGGAUCCGAAGUAGGAUAUGGUGAAGCGUAGGGAGAAUUCGGCGGCGCGCAUCUGCGCUAUUCGACGUGGGGUUUUCGUAAUUUGGACUUGGAAGCACGAAAAGCAUCCCCAAAGCAAGCCUUGACUGGCGUUAUGGGAUGGGUGUUUAUACGUAAAAGGGGAAGGAGAGGGGAGUUAGGCACAGGGCCGCUGGCAAGAAAGAUAGACGC